UGAAGUUUCGCUGUUCUUUUCCGAUUAUAGAUACUCUCUUAGAAAAGGAACGAUUAGGGUUUCUUCUCUGCAUUUUUCGAUCUCCCUUCAUCACUUUCGCCAUGAGCAGAUCAGGACAGCCUCCGGAUCUUAAGAAGUAUAUGGACAAGCAGCUACAAAUCAAGCUGAAUGCGAAUCGAACUGUGGUUGGUACACUGCGUGGAUUUGACCAGUUUAUGAAUCUGGUUAUUGAUAACACAGUGGAGUUGAAUGGCAAUGAGAAGAAUGACAUAGGGAUGGUGGUAAUCAGAGGAAACAGUGUGGUUACUGUGGAGGCACUUGAGCCUGUAAACAGAGGAGCAUGAUCAAAUGAUGGAUUUUGAUGUCAUGUAGUUUGUUAACAUUAAGACUUCUUUGUUAACAUUCAGACUACUAGUAUUAUUUACUGUCUUAAUUCAUCAUGAUGCCUAAUAGAAAGCAUCAAUUGUGAUCUUUAAGUCUUCAAUAUAGUCUCAAUGUAUUUUGUUAGUU